AUGUUGUUCUCUCGCAACGGUCUUCUGGCACCUUUGGUUGUUUCGCUGCUUCUGGCAGGAAAUACUGUCGCUGAUGACGCAGGAACGAGAGCCCGGAAUGCACUCCAAACCCUUCAGGGCUGGUAUAACCCCCAAAGUGGCAUUUGGGAUACCUGUGGCUGGUGGGAUGGUGCCAGCUGCAUGAAUACAGUUGCAGAUUUAGCUGCCCUUGACCCAUCGGUGAUGGAUACAGCGACAUAUGUCUUCAAUAAUACAUUCCACGUGGGGCCAGUGUCCAAUCCGAAUCCCGGACCUGAGCAUAAGACUGUUUACACUCGUGACAACCAACCACAAACUUCCGUCAAUGCUAGCCAGUGGCUGGAUCAAGCUUACGACGAUGAUGGAUGGUGGGCCCUUGCAUGGAUUGCAGCAUACGAUGUCACCAAGGAGGGGACGUACCUAGAAUUGGCCGAGGGAAUUUUUGAGAGCUUGGCUGACGCAUGGGGCACCAACUGUGGUGGUGGCGGUAUUCCUUGGAAUCCUACCAGUACAUACGUGAAUUCGAUUACGAAUGAGCUAUUUCUCUCUGUCGCAGCACACCUUGCAAACCGAGUCGCCGAGAGAAAACAGUAUUAUGUCCGCUGGGCUCAGAAGGAAUGGGACUGGUUCACGGCCCAGGCCUUCAUUGGUCCAAACGGUACCAUCAAUGAUGGCCUUUUGGACAAUUGUCAGAACAACGGAGAUACUGUAUGGUCGUACAAUCAAGGAGUUGUCCUCGGUGGAUUGGUUGAAUUGAACAUAGCGGCACCCAAUAACACAUACCUGCCAUCUGCAAACAAGAUUGCAAAUGCAGCCAUUGAGACAUUGGCCGAUUCGAACAAUAUCAUCCAUGAAUUCUGUGAGCCACAAUGCCUUCCAGAUGGCACACAAUUCAAGGGAAUUUUUAUUCGCAAUCUACGGAUGUUGCAGAAAGCAUCUCCACAUGAUAUUUACCGGAAGGUAAUAGAUAACUGUGCAAAUAGCAUUUGGAAUAAUGAUCGCAAUGAACAAGGACAGUUCGGCGUCAACUGGGCUGGUCCUAUUGAGGCAGUAGUGGAUGCAUCCACACACAGCUCGGCCCUCGAUGCCCUGGUCGCAGCUGUUGCUGCGUUGGGUACCUAG